AUGUCUGCUAAAAAAACGAAUUGGCAUAAAACCAUGUGCGACUGUUUUGAUGCUUUCCCUGAGUGCUUGCUACUAUGCUGCUGUCCCGUUAUAGGAACUGCAAUUGUGCAAUCCAUGGCCCAUAAAACAACAGGAGUUCUCAAUCAUAACUUGACUUUUAUAUUAGGAUGCACUUUGUGCUGUAUCGGAUGCGCUAUAAACAGAAAAAGAUUUAGGGAUUAUUAUGAGCUCGAAGGUAAUUUUUGUAUUGAUUGCCUACUUUACGAUAUGGGCUGCUACCUUUGCUUAAGCUCACAAGAAUAUAUGGAAUCGCAUUGGCAAUUACAAAAUAGAAAAAGCGCAGAUACGAACUAA